CCCAUGUCGCGUAGCAAUAAGACGCGCUCUGACCACGUGAUUUUACCGGAAGUGCAUGAAUGUAAACAGUCAUUUGGUGAAAUGGGUUUCUAAUUUCUUAUUCCUUGAUAAAGGGAGAGCAGGAUGAACAGAUUCCCAAGACUACAGAGUGCGGUGUUUGAGCCUUUGUCUGGAGAUGGUGAAGUUGAAGUCAACUAUAAAAGUGGAGCAAGUUUUAAAGGUCAAGUUCAAGGUCACAAGAAAAUAGGUCGCGGUAUCUUUACAUGGCCUAAUAAUGCUAGAUAUGAGGGCGAGUUCUUGGACAAUAAUCGCGAAGGAUCUGGAAUGCAGUUAUGGCCAGAUGGCAGUAAAUAUGAUGGUCAAUUCCAGAAUGAUUUGAGACAUGGACAGGGUGAACAUAUGUGGGCAAAUAAAGAGUCUUAUAAAGGGAAGUUUUUCCAAGACCGUCGUCAUGGAAGCGGCACAUAUACAUGGUCCGAUGGCUCUACAUUUACUGGGACAUUCUACAUGGACAGAAAGGAAGGAUAUGGGGUAUUCCAGUUUGCAAACGGAAAUAAAUUUGAGGGUUUAUACAAAGAAGAUGAGCGUGAGGGUCCAGGUGUCAUGACCUACCCGGAUGGCACACAGGAUGUUGGACUAUGGCAUGGUGAAAAACUUGUCAAGUUUUGCUCAGCCAUUCCUGAGGCCUUCGCCAUGAAAAAUCACACAGACUUUGAUUACAACCCUGAUGAACAUAUUCAAUACUUAAACAAAGAAGGCCUUUCAGAAAAAGAAAUGUUUGAAAAUCUUUUGAAAGAACCAGACUCUUACUACACUCCAGACAGUGGUGUUACAGAAAAAGUCAGUGGUUUAUUUAAUAUAGCUCUAGAUCCUCGAAGCUUAGCGAUAAAUAAGGAAGCUUUUGAUAAAGAAUUCUACCCAGAGAUGAACGAUACUGACACUAUAGAUAAAAUACAAGUAUGGAAUAGGACGCCUUCAUUAAUAGCCAUGCAAAAACAUUUUGAGAAACAUAAAUAUGGGACAAAAUCUUUAUCGUUUAACAUGGAUCAAGUAUUAGCAGGGGAUAAGACUGACUUUAAAGGGAAAGGGCCGAUAGAAACUGCCUCCGAGGAGUUGAUUCAGGCAGCAACUGAGGGAAAUGUGAACAAAGUGGAGGAUUUGCUAAGUUCUGGAAAAGUUUCACCAGAUGUUGCAGAUAGUAAUGGACACACAGCUCUUAUUGGUGCAACAGUUAACUGGAAUAUAGAAGUAAUAAACUGUUUACUAAAUCAUGGUGCCGAUGUAAACAAACUUUCAGACGAGGGAUGCUCUGCCCUUUCUGCCGGAUGCAUUUUUUUCUAUCCAAUAGAAAGCUUUCAUUUCAAUAUUGCUGAAAGAUAUUUAGAAGAACCUAAAGACUUUAAAAUUAAGUUAAAAGAGGAAAAAUCAAAAUCACUCAAACAAGAUCAGCAACAACAACAAUCUCAGCAACAGAACCAAUCUAGUCAGGGGCAGACAACUCCAAAAAGUAUUCUCAGCAAAAAGCAGACGGGUAAUCGCAAAGCAUCAAACCAACAGAAAUCAGACAGUCCAGGUGGGGAGGCACAGCUAGAAAGUACUGGCACACCAAGAACGGAGAAAAACAUGAAAAACAUGCAGAAUGCUAAGCAACAAGUAAGGAUCGAAGAGAAGUCAAAUAUACCUACGGUUGCCGUGGUAACUCAAGAUGACAGCAAGAGUCAGGAGGAGUUUGAUUCUAAUAUGAGUUUAAAAUAUUAUGAGAUAGAGGUAUCUGACCAGCUGAUAGAGAGGUGUGCCACCCAGCUCAGCAUGAAUGAGAAGGUGGUUGCUGGGAGGCGGAGUCAUAAUAGUGCUGAUUUAGGAACUGUUCGUCAUUUAGCAGUUAUAAAGAAUGAACGUGAGAGAAUGAAAGCCACUCUAGAUUUACUGUUACAGAGAGGGGCUGACCCGAAUGCCUCUGGUGUACCUAUGCCAGUUCUCUUCUUUGCUAUCAAAGCAGCUGAUGUAGAGAUGGUGAAAUCUCUUCUAUCAAAAGAUGCUUCAACCAGUAUAAGACUUCCAAAAGAGAAAGGAGGUCUAUCCCCAUUACAUAUAGCUAGUGCUAUACCAGGGGAGGAGGGAGUGUUGAUAACAGAGCUGUUGCUCAAAGCAGGUGCUGAUCCUGACGUCAGAGCCGAGGUUGAUGACUCGUUCUUAAAUAAAAGUCUUAUGGAAGAAUGGAGUAAAGAUGCUAUACAUCCUGACAGUCAGGCUUUGCUAGGGGGACGUACUCCGUUACAUAUAGCCUGUGCUAGAGAUGAUAAUUAUAAAAAUAUCACACGUGUAGUACAUCUUCUACUUGACCAUGGUGCCAACUCUAGUUUAUUGUGUAAUGGGUUCUCUCCCCUUGCUUUGUGUAUUGCCAGUGGAAAUGAUAUGUCUAUAGAUGAGCUGUUAGUAUACGGUAAUGAAGUUAGUCUGCCGUUAACUCAUGGUGUAGGCAGUGCCCUCUGUGCAGCAACUACAACAGAAUACGAGUACAGGAGACCAAUAGCUCUCAGGAUACAACUUAUUGACAAGCUAGUAAGAGCUGGUGCUAAUGUUCUAGCACCUAUACCUAUUGGACCAAAAAGGAACAUGGGAACGGUUGUUGACUAUGCUUACUACAUGUUUUAUCAGGACACACAUAUAGCCAAGACUCCAUACCAUGCUCUCACCCAUGCCGAGCGUGAAACCUUUAUUAAUCGUCGUAAAUUGUUAGAACAUGUUGGAGAUAUACUUAGAAUUAAAGCUGUUGAUAGGGAGAAGAGAAGACUUGAUGAUGAGCACAGGGAGGGAGUUAGAAGUGCAAGUCCAAGCAGUGGAUUUGUUUAUAUUGGGGCUGGUGCUCAGCUUCCUCCAGAUGCUAAAAAGCCCAAAUUUCUACGGAACCAGCCAACGGCUGGUGGGGAUGCUCCAAUGGUGACAUUUGAAGGGCCACAAGGGGGCUCAACUCCGUAUGAUACUGGUGAAACAGAAAGUAUUAAAGGACCUCGCAGUUUUGCAAUACAUAACAAUGUGUAUUGCAUGACAGCAGCUACAUAUAAGGAACAUGUAAGAGGUAACCCUUCACAGAGGGUAAGGUUUGACACAAGGUCACUGGGCAAACCAAGGAAGCCACUGUUCAAGUACUGCUAUCAGUGUGGUCGGUCUGUGUUUGUGCGUCUGUCUGCGUGCACUAGAUGUAAAGAGGUAUAUUAUUGUAGCAAGGUGUGUAAACUGAAAGCCUGGAACCUUCGCCACAAGGAAGAAUGUAUCAGGAUAGGUGGGAGGUCUAGAAGUCCAAGUCCAGCAACCCGUCGUCAGCGUGCUGAGAGUCCAACGCCCGCCACAAACCCUGACAAAGGAAAGAAAACAACUGUAUCUGAGCUGAACAAAGAUAAACAAUCACUGAGGAUACAUUCCGGAACUUCGGAGCGCAACAGUCAAAUAGCAAGCCGGGAACCGUCAGCCAAAGCCCUGUCAAGUCGGGUGUGCUCCGGGAGGGUUAUGUCAAGCCGGGCGACCUCUGGUUAUCCAAGGUCACAUUGCGGCUCGUCUAGAGACUCUGAACGUAGUGUCUCUAUCAAAAGUGGGCAGGUGCCCCGUAAAGGAAUAAGACUAAGUGCCAAAUAUGGGAAGAGUGGUGGUGAACAUGAUUUUCAGUGGGGUGAUGAUGGCCGAUAUAUCGAUAAUUACAGUUUUGAGUGAGAGAAACAAAGAA